AUGGCCCAGCAACAGAUAACCAGCUCGCAGAAAGCCUUGAUGCUUGAGCUGAAAUCCUUGCAGGAGGAACCGGUGGAGGGCUUCUGUAUCACCCUGGUGGAUGAUUCCGACCUCUACAACUGGGAGGUGGCCAUCUUCGGUCCACCUAACACUCUCUAUGAAGGCGGCUACUUCAAGGCACAUAUUAAAUUUCCCAUUGACUACCCAUAUUCACCACCUACCUUCAGAUUCUUGACCAAAAUGUGGCACCCCAACAUUUAUAAGAAUGGAGAUGUAUGCAUUUCAAUUCUUCAUCCGCCUGUAGAUGAUCCACCAAGUGGAGAACUGCCCUCUGAAAGGUGGAAUCCCACUCAGAAUGUGAGGACUAUCCUGUUAAGUGUAAUCUCACUGCUUAAUGAGCCCAACACCUUUUCUCCAGCCAACGUGGAUGCUUCAGUGAUGUUCAGGAAAUGGAGGGACAGUAAAGGAAAAGACAAGGAGUACGCUGAGAUCAUCAGGAAACUGGUCUCGGCCACUAAGGCUGAAGCAGAAAAGGAUGGAGUGAAGGUCCCCACAACCCUGGCAGAAUACUGCAUCAAAACUAAAGUGCCUUCCAAUGACAACAGCUCAGAUCUGCUGUAUGACGACUUGUAUGACUACGACAUUGAUGAUGAAGAUGAGGAGGAAGAGGACGCCGACUGUUAUGAUGAUGAUAAUUCUGGGAACGAGGAGCGUGACAUGUUCCUUCAGUGCCCCUGUACUGGCCUGACGUCUCAGGCCAAAGGGAGGGGAGCAAGUGGGGAUCUAUGGUGGCCCCUCAGCAAAAACUUACUCAUGGGGUGGGGAAACACACAGCUCCUGCUGAAUCCCCGCGGAUCUCAGUUUGCUCCUUUUUAUGGACCUUUACUGGAGAGAAAGUACCCUCCACAGAAUGUCUGAAUUCUUGCAUUCUUUACCCUUCCAUCACUGUAUUGAUUCUUUUUAAAGGAAAAAAAAAGCCACCACCCUUCAAACUCCCACCUCACUUCAUCUCUGCAGAAUGUUCACAGCAAAACACGUUUGCCUGUUUUUAGAUUCUUGAAGAAUUAGUCUGUUUAAGACAUUAUGUGUUUAAAGCUGGGAACUCACUGGGAGUCCACAAAUGCUCCAUAUAUUGGGUAGCAAAAGAAAAUGGGGGAAAAAAACCCAC